GGGAGCGGAGCCGGCGGCGGCCGUUGCGGGCGGCCCGAGCGCCGCGCCUUCCCCUGCCCCAUGUCGGCGUGGCUCAGCCGGGCAGCGCUGCGGCUGGGGCGGCCGGGGGGCCCCGCCGCCGUCGUCUCGCCCUCCUGCCUGGCCUCGCUGCGGGGCCCGCCGCGCUGCUGCUGCCGCCGCCGCCUGGGCACCCUGCGCGGCGGCGCGGAGGGGCUGCUGCUGCCGCCGCCGCCGCCGCGGGUGGCGCCGCCCGGGCGGGCGCUGGGCACCCACCCCCGGAAGGAGCCUAUGGAGGCGCUGAACACGGCGCAGGGGGCCCGCGACUUCAUCUACAGCCUGCACUCCACCGAGCGGAGCUGCCUGCUGCGGGAGCUGCACCGCUUCGAGUCCAUCGCCAUCGCCCAAGACCCCAUAUCAGCUAGGGGAAGCUGUCAGCAAUAUGGGGAGACCUGGGCACAUCAAGAACCAAAAGGGGCCUGUUCCUCAGGCCAUGCGCAGGCCUACCACCAGAAGGACGCAGUUUCAUCAACUAUUUGCCCUAGCGCGAAAUAUGACAGGACACACUAUCUGUGGCCUCCGCUAAUGGUAGAGGCUGCAGGGAAACCCAUCCUUUGCCACGGCUCCUACGCUGAAGAACGGUCCUCAGAGAAGUUGGAGGUUGCACCACCAUCUCCAGGACAACUGAGACAUGUGUUCUUCCACAAUGCAUUACCUUUUGUAGGGUUUGGAUUUUUGGAUAACGCAAUUAUGAUUGCUGCGGGAACCCAAAUAGAACUGUCAAUUGGAGUUGUCCUAGGAAUUUCAACUAUGGCAGCUGCUGCUUUGGGAAACCUUGUUUCAGAUUUAGCUGGACUGGGUCUUGCAGGUUAUGUAGAAGCUUUAGCUUCAAGAUUGGGUCUGUCAAUUCCUGAUCUGACACCCAAACAAGCUGAUAUGUGGCAAACACGUCUCAGUGCACAUUUGGGUAAAGCUAUUGGAGUGACCAUUGGCUGCAUUUUAGGAAUGUUUCCUUUGUUGUUCUUUGGCGAUGAGGAAGAAAAACUGGAAGAAAAAAAUUAACGUUUUUACAAGACAUAUACAAAUGUAAACUAAUGUACCUCAAUUAUUCAAUUAUGCUGUCAACACUUAGGAAUUAACAGACAGUAAAAAAAAGAAAGUGUAUAGACUUGGGAACAAAACCAUCAGCAUGUCAUUUUAUGGAAACACUAAUUUAUUGUGGCUUUGUUGUGUUCAAUACUUCUUUUUAUAAGAAGCCAUUUAGCUUUUUAUUUAAUGUAAAUUUUUGAAGUGUUUUCACUUAUGACAACAGAUGUUUACCACUCCCCCUUUUGACCUUGUUCUUUAAUGGAUUAUUACUUCAAUAAUCCGCCAUGGAUGACAGUCUUGAGUUGCAUAUUGGUUGCUUAACAGUUGUAAUUGCAUGGCAAAAAAUUCACUGCUUUUAUCAGGUCCUUUAAUGCAGAUUAUUAAGGGGGUCAGUGUAGAUGAUUUUGAAGUCGGCAAGAUGACUGGUUGCCCCCUCACCAGCCACCAUUUUACACUACUUUUAAAGCAGAUAUUUCAGCCAUUUAUUACAGUCUAGUUGCACUUCUUUACAAUUCUUAUUAAUUCUCUUCUGAGAUCAUCAUUUAAAUGCCUUUACAAGGUAAGUGUUUCCAGUGUAGUCUCUUUACCAUGAUCAUUUUCUUAAACUGGUGUUCUGACACCUUCCAUACCUUCAUGUUCAUGCCUUUUUUUCCAUUAUGAGCAAUAUUCUGAGAAUUCAGUUGGAGUAUCCUUUAAUUUCCUUAGCUUUUGAACAUGGUUUACAGGAAUUGAGACCUCUUCCUAUUUAAGAAGUGUAAGCCACAGCAUUAUUUAUUGUUCUCUCUAAAAUAAGGUGUGAAUAAUUGAUAUAAGUGGACAAGUCUGGGUUACCAAGUAUGAAUUAGUGCUGGCAUUGCAAGUUUGUAGUAGAUGGCUCAGUUGAAAUGAUGAUAAAAAGUACCAUCAGUCUGGAUUAGAGGACCUGAUUUGCAGAAUAUAACUCUGUAUUUAAGAUUAAACCUUUACUAUUUUUUUGCUGUGAGACAUUUGGUAAGAAAAGAAAUGGAGACUUCGGGCCUUUUUCCUUUUUUGCCUUUUAUUUUUGCAGUCUUACUUGGUGUAUCAUAGAUCUGACAGUGCAGUUGCAUAUAAUUGUGCUUUUUUUAUAUGGUCAUGAAUGAAUUGUGAUUAUAACCAUCAUGUUGAAUGUUCAUAAUAUUUCAGUAUCUGAAUUUCCAAUAGUGUAACUCUAAAUUGGUGACUGAUUUCAUAGGAGAGGCUUUCUUACCUGUCUGACUACCACUUGGAAAAGUCGUUAAAAAGGAGGGGCACAGCCAGGGCACUUUUAGAGUCUUAUUGCUAGAAUUGACUCUUUUUAAACCUAGAAAGAAAUGUUUAAAAAAAAAAAAAAUCCCAAGAUACAUACUUGUUUUACCGAGCUGAUUGCUCAUCUCGGUCAUAAAUAUAAAUCUGACUUCUCUAUUCUCAUUUCCAGAAACACCAUAAUAGCAGUACUGAAACUUUAACACCAAUCUUUAAUGAAGGUGACAGUUGCAUCUGUUUUUGAGAAACAGAUUUUAUAAACUUGCAGUGAGUAGUCCUAAUGACACAUACUCUUCUUCGUAAGUUAAAUUACAACAAUCUGGACCAAACUGUAAAGCUAAAGAAAUCUUCUAGGCAAGAAUGGAACAUGAAUACUUGCAUUUUCAAAAUUGGAAGGUUUUUUUUUUUUUUUUUUUUUUUUUUUUUUAUCCUACUAGAAAACUGCACUUUUCCCCCAAUGGAUUGCUGAUUGCUGCUGUUAUACAUUACUUCAAUAAUCAGGUUUUUAAAGCAUCUAUAAGUUUCUCUUGCCUUAAACUCUAACUCUUCUUCUGCUACAUGUGUAUUCUUGUUUUUUGGUAUAUCUUAAAGCUGCAUGUAAUACAUGCAGUAUUUUUUAUGUUUGAGUGCACAUAAAACAACUUUGCAUAGCUUCUUUUGUAGCUGUAAUACCAACAUUGCCUCCCAUUAAGGCACUGAUGUCUUCAUUGGAAUCUUCCAGCAAUGGCUCUGUUCUUUGCUGUUGUAUUAACUGGAACACUGUUUUCAUCACUUCUUGAGAGCUCGUAAGAAUAAUCAGAAAGCUAAAUGUCAGCUGUCGUAGUAGUGUCCAUUUUAGAAAGGCUAUAGGAACGACUGUACUAUUGUUUAAUGGCUUGUGCAUGUAAAUCGAGUAUGUUUUUGUUGCUGUAUGUCAAACUAUUGUACUGCAACCAAUGCUUUUAACAAGAAACAAUGAACUAAAAUACCUUUAAAGAAAUUAAUCAUGUGUUUCCUUGUUAACUGUUUAGCUGACCACAAAAAUAUGAAGGGCAAGUGACUCAUGGUAAGAAAUCUUGGGUGUUUCAGGCUGUUGCUUGAUGUUGUAGUGAUGAAAGUGAUUCUCUGGGGUCUCGGUAUUUGACAAGCUUGAAAAAAUAAUUUAUGGUUUGAGUGAAAUUGUGGCUGUGCUGGAGGCUGAAAGUACUUGCUUUGGCCAGGAUGCCACCCUGUAUACAGUUUGGGUAGCUUGCUUUGCCUACAGGAUCGACUUUUGUAUAGAUGUGGUAUUGCUUCAUGUGGAAUGGAAGAUCUAUGCCUGAUCUGUACCCUGAGUCUCCUAACAAGGAGGAUGUUUUUUUCGGGGGGUAAAUAGGUGAAAGCAAUCCCAUGCUCUGGAUAUGCUGUUUAAAACACAAAAUUGAAUGUUGGAGCACUGACAAAUUCUCUUCUUUGCUUUCCGUUGUCUGUUUUCUGUUAUUCAUCCCCCAAUAAAAGGAAAAGCCAAACAUGACCAGGCUUAUUCAGAGACUUCAGUAUUACUCCAUUUUGUUUAUUCUAUUAGGUAUGUCCUGUAUUAACAGGAAAUUUUCAUGUUAAAGGGCUGAUAGACCUGAAAUUGUGUUUAUUUUUGCAAUGCUGUCUUUGUAACUUAAAAUAUAAAUGUAUUUUUGACUGUAUAUUAACUCUAGGGAGGGAAAGAAACUAAAGAACAUGCAUAUGAUAAUAUGGUUACCCAAAUCUUCUCACCAAUAUUUUCAUCAUUCAUGUACUUUUACAUAAAUUAUUUGAAUUCAGGCAACAUAUUUUGUAUUGUCUUCAAUUAAAUUGUCAGACUUUCUGUAAACUUUUGUACUACAGCAAAGAUGUUCUGUGUUUCUUUAUUAGACCAGUUGCUGGAGGGGAAAUGUUAAUAAUAUCCUGUGGGUAUUCAGCCUCAAUUAACACAACAGGCAUUUAUUACAAAAGUUAUGGGAAGUUCCUGGUCAUUUUGUAUGCAGUACCACUGUGGAAUAGUCCACUUCUAUCCUUCUAAUAAUGUCAUUCUCUCCAUGCUUGGAAGAGAACUUGAACAAUUAAAAUGUUUGCAUGGUAAAAA